UUGCGUGACUUUUAUUUUGAAGCGGGCUUUUAUUUUGAAGCGCGCUGUCGAGCGUGGCUUCCUGCUUGGUGAAGGCAUGCCGCGGCCGAGCUGUUUAUGGUGCUCUUCGGCUUCACUCGUUUAAGUAUCCUCUCGUACUCGCUAAGCAGGCUGUAUAGGAGCGUCAGCAUGUGUAAAGAGCUGAAGACGAGAGUCCUGCGGUUAUCGGCGCAGAGCCCCGACGACCCGAGCUCACAACCGCGGGAGUGGACGGAGGUCCUGGCAGUCACGUUCAAGGCUCUGAAGGCCGGUCAGGUCGUGGCCGUUCCCACAGACACCAUCUACGGCCUGGCCUGUGUGGCUCAGGACUCUGCGGCCAUCGCGAGAGUGUAUGAUAUCAAAGGAAGGAAUGGAGAUAAACCCCUGGCCAUCUGCGUCGGAGAAAUACAGGACAUAUACAGGUUCUGUAAGGUGUCUGUGAAGGAGGAGCUGCUCAGAGAUCUGCUGCCUGGACCCGUUACGCUGGUUCUGGAAAGAUCCACCACACUAAACCGAGACCUCAAUCCUUUUACCAAGCUCAUAGGGGUUCGUAUUCCAGACCAUCCGUUCAUGAGGCGUCUGUGUCAGAUGUGCGGCGAGCCUCUUGCUCUCACCAGCGCUAACGUCAGCUCCCAGACCAGCACGGUCGCUGCUAGCGAGUUUGAGGAUUUGUGGCCCAGUCUGGCCGUUGUGGUGGACGGAGGUCCGAUUGCAGAUCAAAGCCGCUUGGGUUCAACGGUUAUGGAUCUGUCUGUGUGUGGCAGAUACCGUAUAAUCAGACCGGGAUGUGCUCUCUCUGCUACAGUUCAGAUACUUGAGGGCAAGUAUGGACUGCUGGAGGAUCCCGCCAACCAAUGAGAUUCAAGCACCGCACAACCCUGCUGUAGGUCAAAGUCAGCCAGAGAUCAGACGCUCUUCUGAAGCCUGCGCUUCUCAGUAAUGGCUCUUGAGGGUCUGGCUUUCUCUGCUUGUCCACCUCUUUUCUGAGAGGUUUCUUGGUUUUGACCUGAAAUGAUAAUCUCAGUCUACUGAACUCAAUUUAGAAGAUUCUCGCGUUAAAGAUUCACCAUGUUCUAACUCGGAUGUUUAGUUUGUAAAGAGUGCGUUUAGACGUUUUAUACAGUGGGAUAAUUCUCCUGUUGAUGUGACCUCUACACCACUGAGAUGCCUUUUGGGAAAACGCUAACAUGUUGGGAAUAUUAGUGAAUACCGUAAGACUUGGAGUUGAUUGCUUUGUUACAGUACAGUAAUAGUUUAGAUUUAAGCACUUUUUGUUAAUCGGGGUUUUAUUUAUUGCCGUUUCAAACUAUUGUGCCGAGUCUUCAGUGGUCACUUGCUCUCUGGUAGAGCAUCAGUCUUUUUAUAAAAUGAAAACCUGAAUCUGAUGUCAAGAGCUUUAUUUAUUAUUGUACUGUUUUGCAUUGCGGACCAAAGCAGAUUAAAUCUCGUGCAGAUGUUAUGCAGUAGUCACAAUCAUUUGAUAUUUAAAGUAAACUCAUUAUGUCCCCGUUGGCCUUCUUUAAUUUCAUACAAUUAGUAAUGAAUUGUGGAAGUUUUGCAUGCCUUACUGUGUUGCCCAGCCAUCGUAGAUGGAGUUAAGCCAUGUUUCUGUUCUUCUGAGACAUGUUGACGUCGAGGGGGAAUGACUGUAUUCACAGGAGCAAAAUUUUAUUUGCUGUUAUGAGAAAUGAGUCUCUACAGUAUAGAUGUUUGAAAAUUGUCAGUCUCCUUGACCAGAUCGGAGAGCUAGCGUGCAUGAAAUAUAAAGCAUUGCAUGUAAUGGUGCAUGCAAGUCAUUUCAGAAAGAUUUAAAUUGAAGCGUUGAAGGCAUCAGUAUCCCCACAAAGUCUGUAGGGUACGAUACAUGCAGUGUUUCUAAUCAGAAUAAAAAUGAUAGGCCAGUUAUUUGACACUGAAUCAGCGAAUCGCGGCGGGAGGUGAGUUUUAAUAAUGCAUCAAUAACUGAAUACUGGAAAAGCAACAUGGAAAUGAAAUACAAUAAAAUAAACUUAAAUCCUAAAGGCCUUGUCAAGGCACUGUGACUAAUGACUGUGGAUUAAAAUGCCGUUUAUGGUGUACCUGAUCAAAAAUGAGGUUCGGGAAUCCCCCUGAGAUGACGGGAAGGUUUUAGAUGCAGCAGUGUAUCGUGAUGUUUAGGGCUUCAGUUCAGACUGACACCUUGACAUUUCUUCAGAGAAUUGUCUGCUCAGUCCAGCCUUUCACGGAGUCACUCUGUAGUACACUUAACAACAUACUGGUUUCAGUCUGCUUAUCCUAACUAUACUGCUCACUUUAUCCUGUAGAAGACAAUUGUAAUAAAUCCCUGUCCAUAUACCUUGGCAUUGUUUAUUGUCAGCAUAUGAUAUUCAUUAGAUAUGGCUGCUACAAGUUAAUAAAUGUACAGUUUGCUUUA